GAGCGGCUCCUCGAGCGGACCUGCGCAUCCACUUGUUGAGUUUACGACAGCUCACCGCCGCAGCCGCACUAUUUAAAGAGGCAACGACAUGGCACACGGGCUGGUCAGACGGGAGUCGGUGGAAACGGAGAUGCACAAGUCCGAGGAAAAGGGGAAAAACUUCGUUUACACGAAGAAGAGGGGCUAUGAAGUCACCCGAAACCCCCUCCUGAACAAGGGCAUGGCUUUCUCCCUGGAGGAGCGUCUCCAGCUGGGAAUCCACGGCCUUCUGCCUCCCUGCUUCGUCAGCCAGGACGUCCAGCUGCUCAGAGUGCUCAAAAACUAUGACAUGAAGAGGGAUGACCUGGACAGAUAUGUGUUCUUGAUGGGGCUCCAGGACCGCAACGAGAAACUCUUCUAUCGGGUGCUAAUGGCCGAUAUCGAAAGGUUUAUGCCCAUCAUUUAUACUCCCACUGUGGGCCUGGCCUGCCAGCAGUACGGCCUCAUAUUCAGAAGGCCGAGGGGGCUGUUCAUCACCAUCCAUGACCGUGGCCACAUUGCCUCAAUACUCCAGAACUGGCCGGAAAAAGACGUCAAGGCCGUGUGCGUGACGGAUGGAGAGAGGAUCCUGGGCCUGGGAGACCUGGGCUGCCAUGGUAUGGGCAUCCCAGUUGGCAAGCUGGCCCUCUACACAGCCUGUGGAGGGAUGCCACCACAACAGUGUCUGCCUGUCACGCUGGACGUGGGCACAGACAAUGAGGCGCUACUGAAGGACCCUCUCUACAUUGGGCUGAGACAUAAGAGAGUGCGGGGUCAGGCCUAUGACGACCUGCUGGAUGAAUUCAUGAAGGCCGUGGCGGACAGGUAUGGAAUGGACUGUCUGAUUCAGUUUGAGGACUUUGCAAAUAUCAACGCCUUCCGCCUGCUGAGCAAGUACCGCAACAAGUACUGCACAUUCAACGACGACAUCCAAGGUACUGCUGCAGUGGCCGUAGCCGGACUCCUGGCCGCCCUUCGCGUCACCAAGAGCAAGAUGUGCGACCACACUAUUGUGUUCCAAGGGGCAGGGGAGGCAGCGAUGGGAAUUGCUGAACUGAUAAGCAUGUCCAUGGAGAAGGAAGGCCUCUCGAAGGAAGAGAGCCUGAAGAAGAUCUGGAUGGUCGAUUCCAAGGGUCUCAUUGUCAAGGGUCGGGACAACCUCACUCAUGAGAAGGAGAGGUUUGCUCACAAGCACCCGCAGAUGAAGCACCUGGAGGAUGUAGUCCGGGAGCUUAAACCUACAGCUAUCAUUGGUGUGGCAGCUGUUGCUGGAGCCUUCACCGAGCAGAUCAUCAAGGACAUGGCCUCCUUCAAUGACCGGCCCAUCAUCUUUGCCCUCAGCAACCCCACCAGCAAAGCCGAAUGUACAGCAGAGCAGUGCUACAAGCUGACAGAGGGCCGUGGCAUCUUUGCCAGUGGGAGUCCAUUUGACCCCGUCACUCUCCCUGAUGGCAGGACAUUCUACCCCGGUCAGGGAAACAACGCCUACAUCUUCCCUGGGGUGGGAUUGGCUGUCACUGCAUGUGCCUUGAGACAUAUUCCUGAGGAGAUCUUUCUCACUGCAGCAGAGGCUCUUGCUCACAUGGUGACAGAGAAGGACCUGGCAGAGGGACGACUGUAUCCUCCCCUCAGCUCUAUUAGAGAAGUCUCUUUAAAACUAGCGGCCAAGAUCAUGGAGUACGCCUACAAGCACAAAAUGGCCACGCUUCGCCCAGAGCCGUCCGACAAAGAUGCACAUGUGCGCUCACUCUGCUAUAGCACCGACUACGAGGAGUUUGUUGUUGACUCAUACCGCUGGCCAGAGGACAGUAUGGCCGUGCAGUCAUGCAAACUUUAAUGCACUGGACAGAGAAACAGAAUCAGCCCCGGGAGGGAAGUGGUAACUACUGACGUGCAAUUUCAUCACAAGAUGUGAUGUUGGGUAUGAAAGAAACUGGGCGUAGAAUUUUCUAAUUAAUAUAAAUUACUGUGAAGUAAAUGGUCAUGGCACAUGUGAUAUAAUAAUAACAGGGUAAUUUAAAUAGUUUAUUGUUGGGUAAAAUACUGAAAAAGGGCUGAUGUCGUCAACUGGGAAACUGAGGGGUUUGCAGAAUGUAUGGCGUAUUUAACCGAUGGUUGUUAUUGGUUGUUGCUUUAAAAUAACAUAUUUGGGGAGGAUUCUUCGAGAGUUGUGCUGUAAUAGGCAGUCACGUUGUGACGGUGUCAGCUAAAGUACCAAAAAUCUCUUUGUCAAAUAAAAAGGAUGUUUUUGAAGUAGAGUCUCAGUAUGUUUACAUGGACAACGUGACUGGAAUUAUUCUCAUGAGAGAUGCCAAAGCAUCUUCCAGGUCCAAAAAUAUUACUUACGUCUAUACUUUGGAGCAUUAAAUCAGAAAUGUAAUAGACUUAAAUUACAACAAUAAAUUCAUUCAACAGAA